UUGAUUAGCAAGGAGAUGACGAAUUUUGAGAACCAAGCUAAAGAGAUGCCCAAAGGUGACAUCAGAGCCCAACUCAUCCGAAUGGAGGUAAUCUCCCCCUCCAUUGUUUACGUUUGCUCAAUGGAACCAUUUCACACCAGAUUUUUUCUUCAGGCAGAGCGUCUUCGAUACCUCCUUACAGUCUACCUCCGGACACGUAUCAGAAAGAUUGAGCAAUUUCCACAUUACGCCAUAAGCGAAGAGCGCUCCAGAUCACAUCAUGAGGAUCCACACCUUACUCCUGCAGAAUUCGCCUUUACAAAGACAUUCAACGAAUUGACGGCCGAAAACCUACGCCUCACUGUGUUGGAUCACCUUCCUCUUAACAUGCGCAAAAUUGACGAGGAUGCCAUUGCCUUCCGACCGAAUUUAGAUGCUUAUGUCUUCUGUCAAGUGCAUUCGCGAAUCGAAGUGACAAACAUCGACCCCUCUGGCGCAUCGUCGGAAGUGCUCACUCUAAUGCCGGGAGAGCUACAUCUUCUUCCAUACCGAGCCGUUCAAAAGCAUACCAGGAAUGGAACCGUAACUCUUAUUUAG